AUGCCGGAUCCAAAGGUUUCGUAUGCUCCUAUAAAACGUGGAGGCACAAUAAAUAUAGAUAAAAUAAAUGUUAGAACACCGUCAAAUAUACCCAUACACCUACUUACUUUCCUCACUAUUUCCAAGUUUAUACAUGCUUUAUCAACAUACAUAGCUCGUGAUUGGUUUCUUCUACGUGGUGCUCCAGUGUCAGUCGUAACGUUUGGAGUUUUAGGAGGGGCUGGACUUUUGUUGUUAGCUUGGCAAAAAUCCGCGAAUAGUCAUCGAACACUUAUAAGCAUGAAAUGGCCAAAAGUUGCGUUGUAUACUCUAAUAUAUACCGCUCAAAUUUAUUUAUGGUUCGCGGGAUUAUCACGUCUAAGAUCGACAAGAACUUUAAUAUUAACACAAUUUUCAGACAUAUGGAAUAUUCCAUUUAUAACGUAUCUAUUAAGAAAUAAUUCAUCAUUAGAUUCUACAUUAACGGCCAAGGGAGCAUAUUAUACAGCAUGGACAUUAAUCUUGUCGUUUUUUGUAGAUUUGAUAUAUGUCUCAAGUACAAAUUCAAAACCUUCAAUACCUUUAUCACAAGAUAUGGAAACAAUUCUUGAUGCCAGUUAUUUUGAAAAUCAUACUAUUAUUAGUCUUGUUAUUGGGUAUCUUUCUAUACUAUGUUCAAUCGGGUUAUCAGGUUAUAAACGAACGUUAGGGAAAAAGCUGGCUGUCGAUGUGGGUGGGAAUAGACGUUUACUUGCUAUUUCUGUUCCUCUUGGGGCGUUAAUGAUCUCACCCUUAGCUUUUGUUCAAUAUCUUAUGUACUCUACAAAUUACAUAGAAAAUAUUAAACACGUGGUUGUGGCAUAUGGAGGGUUGGGAGCUGGUCUAAUUAUAUUUGACUAUUUUGUCGGCCACUCGAUUGGUAUAAAAACUUCCACACUCUCUCAUGUUACAGCAGGAUGGCCAAUUUCAAUUGGAAAUUCCAUUUUGUUAGGAUUAUUUUUAUUUUAUGAAGAAUUUUCGAUUCUGGAUAUAGUGUUGGCCGGUAUCAUGUUUUUGGGAAUUUAUCAUUUGAUAAGUGCUGAUACGCGAUACGCAAAUGAAACACAUUUUCUAUCGCCUGGAGUUGGUGGUAGUGCUUUUGAGCUCCCACUUCACGGCAGCGCAAAUUCUACAUUUCAUGCAUUAAGAGGAUUCGGAAUCUUGGAAAAUAUCAGUUCCUACAUCAAAAUUAUCUUGGAUAAUCGUGAUUCGCGGCAAAUCUUUUAUUUUUUAUUAUUAAAUUUGAGCUAUAUGUUUGUUCAAAUGGUAUACGGCAUCUGGACCAAUAGCUUGGGUUUGAUUUCGGAUGCUAUUCACAUGUUCUUUGACUGUUUGGCAUUGGCGGUUGGACUUUUUGCUGCUAUCAUGAGCAAAUGGCCCGAGAACAAUAAGUUUACAUAUGGGUAUGGAAGAAUCGAAACGCUUUCAGGAUUUGCGAACGGAGUAUUCCUCAUUUUGAUUUCUAUAUUUAUCAUGUUCGAGGCUAUCGGUCGUUUAAUUGAUCCCCCCGAAAUGAACACUGAUAGAUUAUUAUUAGUAAGCUUCUUAGGGUUUGUUGUUAACCUGAGUCAUAAUCACAGUUCUGAUGCAAAUCACGGCAGUCUUCAUGGACAUCAUCAUCAUCAUCAUCAUCAUGAACAUGGCGAUAAUGCAAAUAUGGAAGGUAUUUACCUACAUAUAUUGGCUGACACGCUUGGUUCAAUUGGAGUAAUAAUUUCAACAUUACUUAUUAAUCAAUUUGGUUGGACUGGAUUUGAUCCUUUGGCUUCAAUGUUGAUCGCUGGAUUAAUUUUCAUGAGUGUUGUACCAUUAGUUAAACAUUCGGCUGCAGUCUUAAUGCUUUCAAUAAGCGAUAGUCUUGAGUAUCGUAUAACUGAAGGCUUACAAAAGCUAUUACAUGUCGAUGGAAUAAUUUCUUAUACAAUGCCACGAUUUUGGCCUAAUGAUAGUCAAUGCUUAAUAGGAAGUAUACAUAUUCAAAUUAAAGAUCAAUUUGAGGAACAAUUUAUUAUCAGUGAAGUUACGCGGGUUUUAAAAUCACAUAUAAUAGGAUUAGAAGAAUUAACAAUACAAGUAGAGAAAAAUCAAGGAUUUAAAGGGAAAAGUUAUUAA